GUCCAAUCGUCGUGCCGGCCACGGUACGUCUUUCGAGUCAAACAUUGAUGCGUUACGCCCAUCUUGAGCCUUUAGCAGUUCAUGAAGUCACUCCGCGCUAGCCAUUCCUUCGAUAGCUUAGCCGCCGCUAGAAGGGUACGACGAGGCUGACAAUCCCUCGACGGAACAAUCAACAUUAAAGGGGGCAGUAAAGUACAGUCUCACAAUAUAUCGUCAGAUCAAUUCUGGCAAGCGCAGUGAAGCUUCCUGGGUGCCAGAAUGAGUACCUAUAUAGUCUUCAAUCUUCAGAACUCUACGAGUCAAAAAUAUCGUUAAUAUGGCUCCCACCACUCUCAAUCAUGCUAGUCUUGGUACCAUCAAGUGUCUGCGAGACGCCCACACCUCUCUAAUCAAGAUACUUGGCCUUCCCUACGGCACUAUUCCACAACGUUUUGGACGAGCAGAACAAUUAGUGACUCUCUCCAACAGCUCAAGAUUUGAAAACAAUGUCUUCGAUGCUACGAAGCCAGCGGCUUCAAGUAUUCAACCAUGGUGCAGCGUCACGAUGGACGCUGCCAACAUCCCCCUACCAACAGAUAACCUUCCAGACGAUGAAGAGCAGUCAGAAGACUGCCUCAACAUUUCCAUUCGGCUUCCUCCAACCUGCAUUGACAGCGAGGGCGAACUUCGAACCGACGCCAAACUUCCAGUCCUCGUCUUCAUUCACGGCGGCGCCUUCUUCAUCGGCUCAGGAACCCGGCCUUACUACGAUUCAACAAGCUUAAUUCUCUGCGGUAUCCAACGCGGAACACCCUUCAUAAUGGUCUCCGUAAACUACCGCCUCGGAAUUCUGGGCUUCAUGCACAGCCCCUCCGCUUCCGAUCUAAUCCCUGAGAAUAAUGGACUUUAUGAUCAAAACCUAGCCCUCUCCUUCGUAAAAGACCACAUCAGCGACUUCGGCGGUGAUUCAGAAAACAUCACCGUACUCGGUCAAAGUGCCGGAGGAGAAAGCAUUUCUGUGAAAACAAUCCGCUCACCAUUGUUCAAACGCGCGAUAGCAUUCUCCGGCACACCAGUAACAAUGCCCUCGAUGACUCCCUCGGAGCACCACGCCAACUUCCUCUCGCAAGCCUCAUCGCUCGGCAUCGCCACCAGAUAUGCCAAUGGUGAAGAGAGAAAAGCAGAGGACAUUGCACACGACUUCAUUGCUGCCGACAUCCAGAAGGUCCGCGAGCUCGCCUGGGUCGGCCUGCCCUGCGCAGAAUCCGAAUUCUUCCCCGUCUCCAAACCCAGCAUGGAACUUAUGCGCGCUGGCAAGAUGGUGCCUUCCGACUGGCGCUCACGCUUCACGCCCGCGGAGGCGCAGAUUGUAGGCACCACAACCUAUGAUGGCGGCAUUUCAUACAACAUGAUGAGCAACGACUCCAGCCGGUCUGGCCACGCCAAAGCCUUCUUGCACAUCGCCUGCGACGUACUCGGAGAUGCCGACGGCGCAGCAUUGUGCGAAAUCUACGGUAUGAAGAAAGGAAUGAUCGACUCGGAUGCCCUCCAGGCUGUAUGUCUCUUUGAGAGCGACAUUGGGUUCUUCGCUGCCGCACUGGCGACUUGCGAAGCCGACCUCAUUCCGAAGACAUAUUUCCACGUCUUCGACCUGCCAAAUCCGUUUGAGGGCCCGAUCAGGGAGCAGGGCGAGUUUGCAACGCAUACGUUUGAUAUCGUGACGCUGCUGGGUGGCGUAAGUGAGGACCGGUUGCCAGAGAGUUAUGGGCCGGUGGUUAGCAAGUGGAGAGACACGAUUCUGGAUUUCGUUGUGAGUGGGAAGGCGCCAUGCGAAGAGUAUAUUGCCGAGGGUAGGAAGGGGAGGAAGGGACUCAUGGUAAGCAAAGACGGAGUCAGAGAUGUUGGGGAGGAGGAGUGGCUUGACAAUGAUGGCGGGCGGAGGAGAAGAUUGUUUGAGCUUGCGCAAAAAGUCAAAGGCGAUGGGGGCUGUGACGUGCUAUGGAUGGAUGUUGGGAGGAGGUUCUUGAUGAAGGGUGAGUAGCCAGAAUGUUGUCAUUAGAUCAUGAUCGCGCUUUAGGCACUUAUUGCACAACCUCUCCACCAACCGCAGUAGCAGCGGCCUCCGCUCCGACCUUCGCUGUGUCUGCUGUCGUUACCUCGACACCCGCAGUAUCUUUCAUCUCCUGAUCAGCCUGCUCUUCGGUUUCGGUGCUCUCUGUAACCGGUGUCCCCUCUUGGCUCGUCUCAGCCCUCA